UAAAUGAAAUAAAAGGAGAGACAGAGGGCACCCUUCAUUUGAUAAAUUAAGUAGGAGCCAAUUAUGGACAGCCCUUCCUUCCAUAAUAAAGCAGAUUCUUCAAUUCUCCACCAUUACAGCAACGGUCCUAAUUUUCCUGUUGCACCUUAAAUAACAUCUUCUUUCACUACAUUUUCUUCUUCUUUAAUCAACACAUACACACCAAGUGUUGAACUUCUCUGUAUUGCCUAACUACAAUGGCCUACACAGAUAACUCUAAAUUCCGGACAACCUUGAUCCCCAAUUUUCUUUAUAACACGGCUUCUUCUUCAUCAUCAUUCUCUUCAUUUACUAAUACAUGUGAAUCAUCAAUUGUCAAGAAGCCUUUUUUGGUUCCGGCACCAAAAGAGUCUUCAGGUAAAAUAGAGAUGUUCUCACCUGCUUAUUACGCUGCUUGUACUUUUGGUGGUGUUAUGAGUUGUGGUCUCACUCACAUGGCCGUUACACCCCUCGAUCUUGUCAAGUGCAACAUGCAGAUCGAUCCUGCAAAAUACAAGAGCAUUUCCUCUGGUUUUGGUGUUCUACUUAAGGAGCAGGGUGCUAGAGGCUUCUUCAGGGGAUGGGUGCCUACCCUGCUAGGUUACAGCGCUCAGGGAGCUUGCAAAUAUGGAUUCUAUGAAUAUUUCAAGAAGUACUACACAGACCUUGCUGGCCCUGAGAAUGCUGCCAAGUACAAGACUUUGAUUUUCCUUGCUGGUUCUGCUUCUGCUGAAGUUAUUGCUGAUGUUGCUCUCUGCCCAUUCGAGGCUGUCAAAGUUCGCGUCCAGACUCAGCCUGGUUUUGCCAGAGGCUUGUCUGAUGGACUUCCUAAAUUCGUUAGGGCUGAGGGAGCCUCUGGGUUGUACAAGGGGAUUGUUCCUCUCUGGGGACGACAAAUUCCAUACACCAUGAUGAAGUUUGCAUCAUUUGAAACAAUUGUGGAACAACUCUACAAAAAUGUCAUCCCAACACCAAAAGACCAAUGCAGUAAAUCAACGCAGCUCGGUGUGAGCUUUGCUGGUGGAUAUUUAGCUGGUAUUCUUUGUGCUAUUGUGUCACACCCUGCUGAUAACCUGGUUUCUUUCCUUAACAACGCCAAAGGGGCAACUGUGGGCGAUGCUGUGAACAAGCUAGGUGUGAUGGGUCUUUGUACUCGUGGUCUUCCUAUUCGUAUAGUCAUGAUUGGUACACUCACUGGAGCACAAUGGGGUAUCUAUGACUCUUUCAAAGUUUUCGUUGGACUGCCAACGACUGGUGGUGCCGCUCCACCUACCCCUGCCAAGUGAAGAAAAAAAUGUGAAAAUCCUUCUCCAGUAUAACAAUUUCAUUUAGAGGCAGAGGGGAAACUGGAAAUGUUUUAAUUCCAUCCAAAAGUUUGAACAUUAGUAGCUAGGAAAAUUUUGCAUUCAUUCAACUUUUGCAGUAACAUAUGAUGUUUUUUCUUGGUAGGAUGAAUUAUAUUAUCCUCCAUAUGGCUUGGCUACCAAAGAAUCACUUUGUAACAAUGAUUUUUAAUUUGGAAAAAUGUGUUAAUUUCUUGUUUUAA